AUGGGGGACUGGAGUUUCCUGGGAGAGUUCCUCGAGGAGGUUCACAAACACUCCACAGUGGUGGGCAAAGUCUGGCUGACYGUCCUCUUCAUCUUCCGGAUGCUGGUGCUUGGUACAGCAGCCGAGUCCUCAUGGGGGGACGAGCAGUCCGACUUCAUGUGCGAUACCCAGCAGCCUGGUUGUGAGAACGUCUGCUAUGACAAGGCUUUCCCCAUCUCCCACGUCCGGUUUUGGGUCCUCCAGAUCAUCUUUGUCUCCACUCCAUCUCUGGUAUACAUGGGCCACGCGAUGCACACAGUGCGCAUGGAAGAGAAGAAGAAGAUGAAGGAAGCAGAAAUAGAGGCCCGGGAGAUGAAAAACAGCGGUGACACAUACUACCAGCAGAAGUGCUCUGUGGCAGAAAAGGCUGAGCUCUCUUGCUGGGAUGAAUCAGGAGGCAAAAUUAUACUUAGGGGCAGUUUGCUGAACACCUACGUCUACAGCAUUUUGAUUCGCACUGCCAUGGAGGUGGCCUUCAUUGUGGGACAGUAUAUCUUGUACGGGAUCUUCUUGGAGACCCUUUACAUCUGCCAACGAGCCCCUUGCCCCCAUCCAGUCAACUGCUACGUUUCGCGGCCCACUGAGAAGAACGUGUUCAUCGUCUUCAUGCUGGCGGUGGCAGUGCUCUCUCUGUUCCUCAGCCUGGCCGAGCUGUACCACUUGGGCUGGAAAAAAGCCAAAGAGAGAUGCUCUCGGGCUUACAAAUCCAGUCCCAGCACAGCCCCCGGCAGACUGGAGUCUGCCCCACAAGUAGAGAGGGCCCAGAUGUACACCCCGCCUCCAGAUUUUAAUCAGUGCUUGGCAAGUCCCAAUGGGAAGUUCAUCAGUCCCUUCAGCAAUAAGGUGGCUUCCCAGCAGAACACCGCCAACUUCGCCACCGAGAGGGUCCAUGGUCAGGAGGACGCCGCCAGUGAGGGGCCCUUCAUUAAGUCCAGCUACGCGGAGAGCCCAGAGGUGGCCAAYGAAUGUGCAGCGCCCGCCUUCCCCGAGAGCUACUUCAACGAGAAGCGCCGACUGAGCAAGACCAGCCGGGCCAGCAGUAAGGCCAGGUCGGAUGAUCUGUCUGUGUGACCGGUCUCCAGGAGGGAUGAGAAACAGUCUCGGCRCUUAACAAACUUCCACAAGACGGACUCCAGACUCUCGCCAUUAACCUCUCUCUCUUUCAAGACUCUCGUGCUCCUUUUCA